AUGCCUCCACGAUUCCUCCUCCAACAGCCUUGCUUCAAGGCCUUUACAGGAUCUUCAUAUGCUCACAACCCGCUCGCCGCUUUGUCGUCGAACCCAUGCAAGAUUUCUGUACGAGCUGGAUCAGCGGAGACGCGAGAGAGAAGACGACAUGAUCCCUUUCUGAUGGCGCAGUCUCGCCAACGCAAAGCUGCCAAUUUGUCCCGUCAACAGGCUCUUGCUCGGGAGCGCGAGGGUUCCCUUGGUGAUCCGGUGGAAAGCAAGCCCACGCCAUUCAUUGAGGAGCUGAAAGGAACACAAACGACGUCUCCAGGCUCCUCAAGCUCGGGAGAUGUGACAUUGAACUACUUUGUCAAGCCGGAGGGACUCAAAGAGGCUCUUGAAUACUCAAAGAACCUGACAUCACCUCUCGAAAACCUAGACCGGGAGACCGCAGAUCCACAGCUCGAAAAGGAGGCUACGGAAAGACACCUUCAGGAACAUCGGAACGCACAGGAGGCGAUCAACCGCAUCAUCAGCAUCAAUAACGGAAACACUGCAGACCACACUCGCCUCCUCAUCCAGAAAUGCAUUGAUACAUUUGGAAGACAUAACACCGAUAAAAACCUUCCACCGAAGCCUGCCGCUGUCGUACACGAUUCUGCGACUGUUCAUCCCGAUAAGACCCCCCGGGUUGGCCCAGACACUGGCUCUCCUGAAGUCCAGGUGGCUAUCCUUACCGCCAAGAUCAUCAACCUGUCCAGACAUCUUCAGUCGACUAACAAGGACAAACACAACAAGCGCAAUUUGAGACUACUUGUUCACAAGCGACAAAAAUUACUGCGCUACCUUCGCAAGAAGGAAAGGGGUGGACCAAGAUGGCAGCAUCUCGUCGAAACGCUUGGCCUGUCAGACUCUGCUUGGAAGGGCGAGAUUAGCAUGUAA